AUCGAAGUUAUAGAUCGCAAAAUUCGCACCUUUUUGCGUUAAAAAGAUUGUUGUUUAAGAAUUUUAGACUUUUAGUUUCUUUAAUAGUUCCAAAAUAAAAAAUAGUUUCACUUUCUAAAAUGGGUUGUUAAUAAUAAUAAAGUUGUUUAUGCAAUCGGGACGUAUUAAAAUCGGAAAAUGUUAAGAAUGUAAUAGUUCUGCACGAAAUUACCGUUCUAAUCAAAUGCCGAAGCAUAGGAUUCUAUACACUUCCUUCACAAGCUUCCAUAUUCUAUAUCAUCCUCUUUGAAAAUUUCCUCUCUGAUCAUACUUAUAAUUUCAUAGGAAAAUUCUGUUUUAAUUAAACCCACUACUAUGUUGAAUCGAUAAUGCGGCAUGUAACAUGGAAGCGAUAAGGGGAGUCAGGUGACCUCCAAAACGUGGGACACAAAAAAGUAUUGAAUGUCAAGUGUUUUUUCUGUACUUACUUCUGUAUGUGAGUGUGAGACCUGUUUAUAUGAAAACAACCGUGACCGUGACCAUGUGACCACAUUCUAACUCCCAGAGAUUUUCUCUCUGUCAUUAUAUGUAUAUAAAAAGUAGCGGCAAAUAUUGAAAAACAUGCGACAAGUACGUACUGUUUUACAUUAGUUUUCAAAGCAUUUUCAUACGUGGAUUCAUGUUAUAUACUCAUAUUGUUUAGUAGAGUAUAUAUAUGAAAAAUGGAAGAAGAUAAGGAAAAACAAACUGGUAGUGGAAAAGGAGCUAUGCUUUUAAAGCUCGCGAAAGAAAAGAAAAAACCUGGAGGUUCACCUGCAGAAUCAUCAUCAAGAAGUCAAAGACAAACACAACAUAAUGUUCCUAAUCCAACUGAAAUACCAUCCAGUUCUAAAACAGGACAUGGAAAAGGAAAUUUAUUAAGCACAUUAAAAUCAAUGCAAUCUGCCAGUGCAUCGAGUUCUAAACAAGUAGAAGUAGCUAGUCCAGAUAGAGAGUUGCCAAUCGACGAAGCUGCUGGCUUAGCUAAAAAACAAUCAGACACUGCUGUACAAUCUUUUGAUGAUGCAGGAGUAUUAGGUAAAUUAUCCGAUAUGACAGUACAAGAAACGAAAAGUACACCUGAAACAUAUUCACCAUUUAAACCAAUAUUUCGACAAGGAACAGGUGGAACUCCAAUACAGUUAAGUGGUAAUUAUAUAAGCCUCAAAUUAAGUCCUGGAAAAGGGUUGUUCAAUUAUGAAGUCAAGUUUAAUCCUGAUAUUGAGUCAAGGCCACUUCGUAGAAAACUUCUUAAUCAACAUUUACAAGCACUUGGACGAACAAAAGUAUUUGAUGGAGUAACACUCUAUUUACCACAGAAGUUAGAGCAGAAUAUAACUAUCCUUGAAUCUAUACAUCCUAUGGAUCAGUCAAAAGUGGAUUUAAAAGUAAUAUAUAAGAAACAACAAACUAUGUUUGAGAACAUUCCAUUUUUCAAUGUUUUACUUGGCCGUGUUUUACGAUCGCUUAGUUUAGUUCGCAUUGGCCAACAUAAUUUUAAUCCGAAUGGAAUACAUACUAUACCGCAACAUAAGUUAGAAGUGUGGCCAGGCUAUGCAACAGCAAUUACUGCAUAUGAAGGGGGUUUAAAAUUAUGCAUAGAUGCACGGCAUCGUGUUAUGCGUACAGAAACUAUACGUGAUUUAAUGCUCAACUUCAGAAUUAAACCGAAUUUCAAAGAGUCUGUUCUAAAAGAGUUAGUUGGGUUAUCCGUUUUUACAAGAUAUAAUAAUAGAACUUAUCGCGUUGAUGACGUUGCAUGGGAUAAGAAUCCAACAUAUGAAUUUUUUAAAGGAAAUGACAAAGUUUCUUUAUUAGAUUAUUAUAAGUUUCAUUGGAAUAUAGAGAUACAAGACGCCAGUCAACCACUUUUAGUUCAUUGCAAUAAACAUAAAUCAUCUACUGGUCAUACACAAGAAAAAAUGAUAUUGUUGGUUCCUGAGCUAUGUUACUUAGCAAGUUUGAGCAAUAGUGUUCGUUCAGAUUUUAGAAUUAUGAAGGAUCUCAUGGAAGUGACUCAAAUGACUCCCAAUUCUCGACGUAACAUAAUUCAACAUUUUGUGCAAGAAAUACAAAAUAAUGAUAUACCACGGGGAAUAUUAGCUGAGUGGGGUUUAUAUCUGGAACCUGAUGUAGUAGAAUUUGGAGGCAGACUUUUUGAAACUGAGUGCAUUUACUUUGGUAGAAAUGUAAGGCAUAGGAUUCCACCUAAUCGUCCUGUAGAUUGGGGUUCAGCAGUGUGUAGAAAUGCUCUUUUAAGAACUCCUAAUCUGAAUGAGUGGGUUAUCUUGCAUUGCCGCAAAGAUACAAGAUGUACACGAGAAUUUAUUGGUAUGUUCAAAAAUGUUACAAGAAUUAUGGGUAUGAAUGUUAAAGAGCCACAGAUGAUUUGCUUAGAAGACGAUAGAAUUGAAACAUAUGUACAAGCACUAAGAAACAAUAUCCAAGAAACGACUGAUCUAAUGAUCAUUGUGUUUCCUACAAACAGAACUGAUAGAUAUUCUGCGGUAAAAAGAGUUUGCUGUGUAGAAAUGCCUAUACCUUCUCAAGUAAUUAUGUCUAGAACUAUUUCUCGUGGUGACAAAUUAAAGAGCAUAACAGAAAAAAUUGCUUUACAAGUUAAUUGUAAGCUGGGUGGAGCACUUUGGGCUUUAAUUAUACCUAUGGACAAUUGCAUGAUAUGCGGUAUAGACGUAUAUCAUGCAGGUAGUGGCCAAUCAAAAGGGAGUGUUGCAGGCUUUGUAGCAAGCCUAGAUAAGCCAUUGACAAUUUGGCACAGUAAAAUCUGUAUACAAGGUAAACGUCAAGAGAUAGUAGAUAUGUUGCAAAUGUGUUUAGUUUCGGCUAUAAAAGCCUACCAUAGAUAUAAUAAGUGUUACCCAGAUCGUAUUAUCAUAUAUCGAGAUGGAGUUAGCGAUGGACAAUUAGAGAUUGUUGUCAGAUAUGAGAUAAAACAGCUAUUAGCAUCAUUUAAAGCUAUAGAAAGAAAUUACGAACCAACACUAACUGUAAUAAUAGUUCAAAAACGCAUUAAUAGCCGGAUAUUUGAGAAAUGUCGCAUGGGAUUGAGGAACCCUUCACCAGGAACAGUUGUGGAUUGUUACAUAACAAAACCAGAUGUCUACGAUUUCUUCUUAGUUUCUCAAAACAUACGUCAAGGAACAGUAUCACCAACUCGCUAUAUCGUUGUAUAUGACAAUAAAAAUAUGAGACCUGAACAUAUACAACGACUAACGUAUAAGCUUUGUCAUUUGUAUUACAAUUGGCCUGGUACUAUAAAAGUUCCAGCUCCUUGUCAAUAUGCACAUAAGCUUGUUUCUCUCGUUGGUCAAAAUUUACAGCUAGAACCACAUAGAUCACUUGCCGAAACAUUAUAUUACUUGUAAGUUUUAUAUAUGACUCAACAUCCUAGGAUGUUGUUAAUCAGAUCUAGAUACCACAUAAUUCAUAAGUACUUACUAGACUGAUACUGAUAUAAAGGAUUUAAUAUGUUCACACAAAUAUAGUUUCAUAUUUCACUGACAUAUAAAUUUGAAAAGUAUUAUAGAAGAGAUAAAGCUAUUUUUUUGUACGGUACUACUAAGUCAUUUUUUCUGUCAUAUAUUAAUAUAUGAUAAUAAUAUCAGUAUUAAGAUCACUGCUGGAUAAAUUGUUUUAAGCGGUAAGUUGUAAUAUUUCUUUACUCUAUACAACUAUAACCAAAACAUUGUCAGGGAUAAAGAUAGCAAUUUUGCAAACUCAUAGAUAAAAUGUUAUAUUUGGAUAAGUAUAGUUUAUAUAUUAUAUACAUAAAAUGUAAUUUAGAAAUUUUAUAUCAUGUCCAUAUAAAUACUUCUCAAUCAUUAUGUAUAAAAUUAAACUGAAAUAAAAACAAAUAUUUUAUAUUUUUGUUACAAAUAUAAUUUGUAUACUUAAUUAUUUAAAUUUUGUUUAUUAAUACCCCUUUGAAUACACGAA